AUGGAGUCUGAUUCAUCCUGUAUUGAUCUUACUUAUAUUAAUGAAGAAUUGCCAAUGAAUGUUGAGGAGAAGUUGAAGUUGAAGAACAAAGAAGAUGAUCAACCAGACAUAAUAAGUCUCAGGUUAUUGGACCUGACAGAUGUCGAUGAUUUUAUGGAAUGGUUUGGAGAUGACAACGUUAGCAAGUUCUGUUCUUGGGACACUUUUAAAUCCAAAGAAGAUGCCAUGAAUUAUGUUAUUGAUGUUGCCAUACCACAUCCAUGGUUCAGAGCAAUUUGCCUAAAUGGCAAGCCAGUUGGUUCUAUUUCUAUAUCACCAUUUCAUGGAACUGAUAAGUGCAGGGGUGAACUUGGAUAUGUGUUAGCAUCAAAGUAUUGGGGCAAAGGGAUAGCCACGAAGGCGGUGAAGAUGGCGGCGUCCGCCAUCUUUGUAGAGUGGCCUCACUUGGAGAGGCUUGAAGCUGUGGUGGAUGUUGAAAAUCCAGCAUCACGAAGGGUGUUGGAGAAGGUAGGUUUUACAAAGGAAGGUGUUUUGAGGAAGUAUUAUCCUCUUAAUGGGAAACCAAGAGAUAUGGUUAUGUUUAGUCUUUAA